CAAGUCGAUGUCCUGACGGCUGCUCUGAGAGCCACCACCAUAGACUCUCACCUAGAGGAUGCCUUCCUGGAGCCCCGGGACAGCCAGGGUGUACACCACCACCACAACCCCUUUGGAGUGCACCAAAUGCCCCUCAUAGGAGACUACUCCGACAUGGAGGUGAGGGGGAAUGGGUGGUGAAGGCCUACCUUUUUUUGGGGUGGGGGAUGAUGUCACGCCUUUAGAGAAAAAGGUGCAGGGUUGUUGGGUUGUCAUGUUUGACCGUAGUUACUCUUGGUGUGUAUCUGUGUAGAGCCGAACCUCGACCCUGCAGAUGAGCCACGGCGAUGACUCUGAGCUGAGCGACAGCAGCUUCAGUCCAGAGGAUGAGAAGAAAUCCAAGCAUCAGGAUGUGAUCCCCCAGGCCCUGCUGGACCAGUACCUGUCCAUGACAGACCCUUCCAGAGCCCAGACGGUGGACAUGGAGAUCGCCAAGCACUGUGCCUACAGCCUGCCCGGUGUGGCCAUGACCCUGGGCAGACAGAACUGGCACUGCCUCCGGGAUACCUACGAGACCCUGGCCUCCGACAUGCAGGUGGGUCUACACUCUAUUUCUAUAUGCAUCUCCCAUACACACGCCCUCUGUCAAUUCUACUGUACAUGUUUUGGAGGGAAAGUGUUUGACCUUCCAAGGUGAUGAACACAUUCAGUAGAAAGCAAUUUGUAAGUCGCUCUGGAUAAGAGCGUCUGCUAAAUUACGUAAAUGUAAAGCAACGUGGAACUUUUUAGAUCUAAAUAGAUUGUGUAGAACCUUGCCCACUUGUAGAGUUGGCUCUAUUCACAUCAGCUCUAAUGGCAACGUUUCUACAGUAUCUCAACGUUCCACAACGUUGCACCCUCCUCAACGUACCCCUGGUGUGGUUAGCAUGUAGCCUAGCGGUGUGGUUAGCAUGUAGCCUAGCAGUGUGGUUAGCAUGCAGCCUAGAAGUGUGGUGCUCUGCGCUCUCUCUCACUGUGGUCUAUUUCUUCCUCCGCCAGCUGGUUAUUGUCGGGGGGUGCCUUGAUAGAGACAGGGCCUAGACUGGAGCAUGGGGCAGGUUUACUUUUAUUUCUGCUCCUCCUCGAGCACCUUUUUUAUUCAUUUGUGUUUCUCCAAAGCCCAAUGUGUGGUUAUUUUUGUUUGUUUGUUGGGUUCCCAACUGCAGUCCUCAAAAAUAAAUUCCUGUCCCCUCACCAUUCAGUCCUCAACCACAGAGUUUGCCUGUCUGCAAAGGAACACCUUUUGCCUCAGGCGCCACAGCCCAAAGGGCUUGUCACCUUUAGCCUCAGGCGCCACAGUCCAAAGGGCUUGUCACCUUUUACCUCAGGCGCCACAGCCCAAAGGGCUUGUCACCUUUUGCCUCAGGCGCCACAGCCCAAAGGGCUUGUCACCUUUUGCCUCAGGCGCCACAGCCCAAAGGGCUUGUCACCUUUUACCUCAGGCGCCACAGCCCAAAGGGCUUGUCACCUUUAGGCUCUGGUCAGACUCAACCCCCAAUCAGCUAGCUGGAGGCAGGAAGCAUGAGGACUGGAGUUGACCUGCCCCCCAUGUAAGGCCUGUGUAUGCGUUUGCUACUGUGUCGUCGUCGUCCCCCCCCCCCCCCCCCCCCCCCCCGGCAGCUCCCUGUGUCCCACACACACUCAUACCAGGGUUUCCGUUAGGAAAAUGUGGCGCUGGACAUUUGACCGGCAGCAUUUUAAUUUACCGGACAUUCAAGAAAUUUACUGGACCCAUAUGCAUUGGGUGCGUAACCCGAUUAGGGCGUCCACCCAUGGUGCUCAGAAUUACAGAAAUCACAUUUAGACUAUGGUCAAUCAUAUUAACAGAACAUGUCAAGGAUGCAAUGAUGUGCAGUCCUUCUUACCUAAUUCUGAUGCGCACUUUGAAGACGUUAGAAUAACUGUCCACAUUUACUUUUCCUCAGCCAACAAGACGAGUAAUGAACAACAAAAUCACUAGCCUAUGUCAAUCUACUAUCCCCCAUAGUAGAAAAGUUGACCUAUUCCAUUGGUCAGCUUGUUGAGAAAGAAAUAGCCCAUUCCUAACAGACCCUGGGACAGUUGUGGGACGAUAGAUCCCAAAUUCAUACAACCAGUAGGCCUAGGCUACAUAAAUAAUUAAAAACGUUAAAAAGCUAUGAGUCUGAUGCAACAGAUCAGAACGUUUAGCUUAAAUUGUUGAUAAUCUAUUAUUUAUUCACGUUAUAAGCGCAGCAAUGCGCACAAGGCAGUAUGCUAUGCGCAAAUGUUCGUUCUGUAAUUCAAUUAGCGGGAAAACACUUCAAAAGCGCAGCGGUUUCAUGUGACAGAUGAAAAUAUCCAUUAGAAAUGUAGAAAGAGGGGAGAUCUAAUAUGCAACAGCUAGCAUGGGUUGCUAAUAUUACUAGGAUUGUGCCUUUAGCUACAGGAUAAUGAAAGAAAGUUGAUAAAAUUGCCUCCACGAAUAUGGUCUGAUUUUGGCUAGGCUACUUAGAAGCAAGGUAAGACAUGCCUCAUGUAGUAAAACCAUUCAGGUUUCAUACAAUGUAAGUAUAUGUUUUCAAAAUGCAUACUGCCUCUAGCUCAUUGCAAAGUGGUGUGUGACGCGCUGAUGAAGGUGGCCUUCCGUUGCUUAUGCAUUUACUGUAGCAGCAGCUCUCGUGCUGUCUGACCGAUUUUCUGCUCAAAGGCUCUGUAUCUGUGUGAUAAAUAAGAUGCAUAACGAAUAUACUGUACACGCGUCAAUUUAAUGUAACUAAAUUAUGCAAAUUAACCUAUAGACCGAUAAGCAUGACCAGUUUUAUGGGCUAACGGAAACCCUGACUCAUACACACCCUUUAACACCUCUGGGCCUGCCUGGGCUCUAAUAUCUCUCUCUGUCCCUCUCCCUCCCCCAGUGGAAGGUGCGUCGGACGCUGGCGUUCUCCAUCCACGAACUGGCCCUGAUCCUGGGGGACCAGCUGACAGCGGCCGACCUGGUGCCCAUCUUCAACAGCUUCCUCAAGGACCUGGACGAGGUGCGGGUAGGGGUCCUCAAACACCUCUACGACUUCCUCAAGGUCAGCAAACGAGUAUAAAGAGACUUGAUAAAGAAUUUAUAUUUCUCAAGAGUACCAUCUCUUCUUAAAUCUUUGUGUUAUCAUUAGAAUGGAUAGCUAGCCUGUCAUUGCCCAUCUGUUGUCCCUUUCACAUCCCUGCUUUCUGUUUUAUCAAUUAGUUGACUGCAGCAGAAAUGUUUCUACUGUUCCAAAUGGCUCAUAUUUACAAUAGUGCUGCAGUGUGCGAUGAUGGUAUCCAAGGACACCUGCAGUGUCUUCUGUUAUGCAGUGUAGAAUUUCACUGUUCUGCUGUGUGGUGAAAGGGGAUCAAAUAACCUCUUUCACCUCCCCCCUUUCCUCAAUCUUCUCUCCAUUCAUCCUCCAGCUCUCAUAUUCCUUCGCUUGCACUCUCUGUCCACACUCACCCUGUCCCCCCCCCCUCUCUCCCUCUAGCUGCUGCACCAGGAGACGCGGCGUAAAUACCUGUACCAGCUCCAGGAGUUCCUGGUCACAGACAACAGCCGCAACUGGCGCUUCCGAUCAGAGCUGGCAGAGUAGGUUACCCUGUCUACUCUGCUACCACACUUUAUUAAUCAAUUGAUUUCCCCUGUGAACUUAGUUGUCACACACACACCAUUACCACCCAGACAAGUGGUGGUAGCCCUAGGUAUUGUUUGCGCUCUCAGACCUACAGUAAAUAUGAGGAGUGUAAGUGGUGCGAAUCCAGGCUCUGUCGUAGCCGGCCGCGACCGGGAGACCCAUGGGGCGGCGCACAAUUGGCCCAGCGUCGUCCAGGGUAGGGGAGGGAAUGGCCGGCAGGGAUGUAGCUCAGUUGGUAGAGCAUGGCGUUUGCAACGCCAGGGUUGUGGGUUCGAUUCCCACGGGGGGCCGGUAUGAAAAAUAAAAAAUAAUGUAUGCACUAACUGUAAGUCGCUCUGGAUAAGAGCGUCUGCUAAAUGACGUAAAUGUAAAUGGUGCCAUUGCCUUUACAUUCCUUUACUGUGUGUGGGUGAGGGAGUUAAACAUAGAGAUAGCCUUUUAAAAUAUUUACUCUUUUGGUGACAUUUGGUUCUAUGGGUCAGGAUAAUCUCUCUUCUGAAAGCUGACCAGUGACUGACCAUCCCCUCUGUGUGUGUGUGUGUGUGUGUGUGUUCUCAGACAGCUGGUGCUUCUACUGGAGUUGUACAGUGGUCAGGAUGUAUAUGACUACCUUCGUCCCCUGUCCUUCAGCCUGUGUACGGACAGAGUGUCCUCUGUACGCUGGACCUCCUACAAACUGGUAUGUCACCCAGACAGCCCCCUCCAACAUCGGCUCAGCCCUGUUUUUCUGACUUUCUGUAUCUUUUUCUGGCCUCAGCAGAUUUUUGGACUUUUUUUCAUGUUGGGCCAUUAUAUCUGUGAUGAAUAUUUUACGUCUCCCUACCAAUUCCACGCAUGAACAUCUCAUGUUUUGAUCUCUUUUAUACACUGAACAAAAAUCUAAACGCAACAUCGUGUUAGUCCCAUGUUUCAUGAGCUGAAAUAAAAGAUUCCAGAAUUUUCCAUAUGCACAAAAAGCUUGUUUCUCUCAAAAGUUUGUGUACAAAUUAGUUUACAUCCCUGUUAGUGAGCAUUUCUCCUUUGCCAAUAUAAUCCAUCCACCUGACAGGCGUGGCAUAUCAAGAAGCUGAUGAAACAGCAUGAUAACACAACACAAUGCCACAGAUGUCUCAAAUUGAGAGAUCAUGCAAUUGGCAUGGUGAUUGCAGGAAUUUCCACCAGAGCUGUUGCCAGAGGAUUGAAUGUUCAUUUCUCUACCAUAAGCCGCCUCCAACGUCGUUUUUGAGAAUUUGGCAGUACGUCCAACCGGCCUCACAACCGCAGACCACGUGUAACCAUGCCAGCUAAGGACCUCCACAGUGUGUAUGUUUACAAAAAAAAAUGUCUUUACUAUUUUUGUACAUUGUAGAAUAAUAGUGAAGACAUCAAAACUAUGAAAUAACACAUAUGGAAUCAUGUAGUAACCAAAAAAGUGUUAAACAAAUCAAAAUGUAUUUUACAUUUGAGAUUCUUCAAAUAGCCACCCUUUACCUUGAUGACAGCUUUGCACAUUCUUGGCAUUCUCUCAACCAGUUUCAUGAGGUAGUCACCUUGAAUGCAUUUCAAUUAAAAGGUGUGCCUUCUUAAAAGUUCAUUUGUGGAAUUUCUUUCCUUCUUAAUGCGUUUGAGCCAAUCAGUUGUGUUGUGACAAGGUAGGGGGGGUAUACAGAAGAUGGCCCUAUUUGGUAAAAGACCAAGUCCAUAUUAUGGCAAGAACAUCUAAAAUAAGCAAAGAGAAACAACAGUCCAUCAUUACUUUAAGACAUGACGGUCAUUCAAUCAUGAAAAUGUGAAGAACUUUGAAAGUUUUCAAGUGCAGUUGCAAAAACCAUCAAGCGCUAUGAUGAAACUGGCUCUCAUGAGGACCGCCACAGGAAAGGAAGACCCAGAGUUACCUCUGCUGCAGAGGAUAAGUUCAUUAGAGUUACCAGCCUCAGAAAUUGCAGCCCAAAUAAAUGCUUCACAGAGUUCAAGUCACAGACAUAAACAUCAACGGUUCAGAGGGGACUGUGUGAAUCAAGCCUACAUUGCUGCAAAGAAACCACUACUAAAGGACACCAAUAAUAAAAAGAGACCUGCUUGGGCCAAGAAACACGAGCAAUGGACAUUAGACCGGUGGAAAUUUGUCCUUUGGUCUGAUGAGUCCAAAUGUUUGGUUCAAACCGCUGUGUCUUUGUGAGAUGCGGUGUGGGUGAACGGAUGAUCUCCGCAUGUGUAUUUCCCACCGUAAAGCAUGGAGGAGGAGGUGUUAUGGUGCGUUGCUUGUGACACUGUCAGGGAUUUAUUUAGAAUUCAAGGCACACUUAACCAGCAUGGCUACCACAGCAUUCUGCAGCAAUACGCCAUCCCAUCUGGUUUGGGCUUAGUGGGACUAUCAUUUGUUUUUCAACAUGACAAUGACCCAACACACCUCCAGGCUGUGUAAGGGCUAUUUUACCAAGAAGGAGAGUGAUGGAGUGCUGCAUCAGAUGACCUGGCCUCCACAAUCCCUCGACUUCAACCCAAUUGAGAUAGUUUGGGAUGAAUCGAACGGUGGAGUGAAGGAAAAGCAGCCAACAAGUGCUCAGCCUAUGUGGGAACUCCUUCAAGACUGUUGGAAAAGCAUUCCAGGUGAAGCUGGUUGAGAGAAUACCAAGAGUGUGCAAAGCUGUCAUCAAGGCAAAGGGUGGCUAUUUGAAGAAUCUCAAAUGUAAAAUAUAUUUUGAUUUGUUUAACACUUUUUUGGCUAAUACAUUAUUGCAUAUGUGUUAUUUCAUAGUUUUGAUGUCUUCACUAUUAUUCUACAAUGUAGAAAAUAGUACAAAUAAAGAAAAACCCUUGAAUGAGUAGGUUUGUCCAAACUUUUGACUGGUACUGUAUAUACAGUUGAAGUCGGAAGUUUACAUACACUUAGGUUGGAGUCAUUAAAACUUGUUUUUCAACCACUCCACAAAUUUCUUGUUAACAAACUAUAGUUUUGGCAAGUCGGUUAGGACAUCUACUUUGUGCAUGACACAAGUAAUUUUUCCAACAAUUGUUUACAGACAGAUUAUUUCACUUAUAAUUCACUGUAUCACAAUUCCAGUGGGUCAGAAGUUUACAUACACUAAGUUGACUGACUUUAAACAGCUUGGACAAUUCCAGAAAAUGAUGUCAUGGCUUUAGAAGCUUCUGAUAGGCUAAUUGACAUCAUUUGAGUCAAUUGGAGGUGUACCUGUGGAUGUAUUUCAAGGCCUACCUUCAAACUCAGUGCCUCUUUGCUUGACAUCAUGGGAAAAUCAAAAGAAAUCAAAAAAUUGUAGACCUCCACAAGUCUGGUUCAUCCUUGGGAGCAAUUUCCAAAUGCCUGAAGGUACCACGUUCAUCUGUACAAACAAAAGUACGCAAGUAUAAACACCAUGAGACCAUGCAGCCGUCAUACGGCUCAGGAAGGAGACGCGCUCUGUCUCCUAGAGAUGAACGUACUUUGGUGCGAAAAGUGCAAAUCAAUCCCAGAACAACAGCAAAGGACCUUGUGAAGAUGCUGGAGGAAACAGGUACAAAAGUAUCUAUAUCCACAGUAAAACAAGUCCUAUAUCGGCAUAACCCAAAAGGCAGCUCAGCAAGGAAGAAGCCACUGCUCCAAAACCGCCAUAAAAAAGCCAGACUACGGUUUGCAACUGCACAUGGGGACAAAGAUCGUACUUUUUGGAGAAAUGUCCUCUGGUCUGAUGAAACAAAAGUAGAACUGUUUGGCCAUAAUGACCAUCGUUAUGUUUGGAGGAAAAAGGGGGUGCUUGCAAGCCGAAGAACACAAUCCCAACCGUGAAGCACGGGGGUGGCAGCAUCAUGCUGUGGGGGUGCUUUGCUGCAGGAGGGUCUGGUGCACUUCACAAAAGGAAGAGGAAGGAAAAUUAUGUGGAUAUAUUGAAGCAACAUCUCAAGAUAUCAGUCAGGAAGUUAAAGCUUGGUCGCAAAUGGAUCUUCCAAAUAGACAAUGACCCCAAGCAUACUUCCAAAGUUGUGGCAAAAUGGCUUAACGACAAUAAAGUCAAGGUAUUGGAGUGGCCAUCACAAAGCCCUGACCUCAAUCCAAUAGAAAAUUUGUGGGCAGAACUGAAAAUGCGUGUGCGAGCAAGGAGGCCUACAAACCUGACUCAGUUAAACCAGCUCUGUCAGGAGGAAUGGGCCAAAAUUCACCCAACUUAUUGUGGGAAGCUUGUGGAAGGCUACCUAAAACGUUUGACCCAAGUUAAACAAUUUAAAGGCAAUGCUACCAAAUACUAAUUGAGUGUAUGUAAAUUUCUGACCCACUGGGAAUGUGAUGAAAGAAAUAAAAGCUGAAAUCAUUCUCUCUACUAUUAUUCUGACAUUUCACAUUCUUCAAAUAAAGUGGUGAUCCUAACUGACCUAAGACAGGGAAUUUUUACUAGGAUUAAAUGUCAGGAAUUGUGAAGAACUGAGUUUAAAUGUAUUUGGCUAAGGUGUAUGUAAACUUCCGACUUAAACUGUACAUAUAUAUUAACACACACACACACACACACACACACACAUAUAACUUUAGUCAUUCAGCAGACGCUCCUAUCCAGAGCGACUUAGUGCAUUCAUCUUAAGAUUGCUCGGUGGGACAACUACGUAUCACAGUCAUAGCUAGUACAUUUUUCCUCAAAGUAGCUAUCAGCAAAGUCGGUAUUCCUUUUGUGUGUUGUCAGGUGAGUGAGAUCAUCAGGAAGGUGGCGUCGUGCCAGGUGCUGUUGGCAGACUUCCUGAGUGAGCUGGUGGAGAAGUUCUGCCACUCCCACAAGUGGUCGGGACGACAGGCCUUCACCUUCGUCUGUCAGGUGAGGACAGCUUCUCUUCAUGUUCAUCAUUAUUGUUCUCGUCAUCUCAAACACAAAAAUAAUAAUCCAUUAACCACAUUAAAACACUACUUCUACUAGUGGUCUAUUUUUUGUAAAAAUCCUAUCAAAUGAGUUUUUGCCUGUGUUUAUUUCACAUAAAGUAAGAUUGCUGGGAUAUCUGCCAAGAUUUAAUUACGAUUUUUAAUUAAGGUCAGUUUUAUUGAAGAGCCUUUAGUUUCCAUCCUACAAUAUUACACAGUGAGUGGAGUGGCUAUGGUAGCUAAGAGGACACUGUUUCCAUUCUCUGUCCCACAAUGUUUCUUGUGUGGGAGGACCAUGAGAUUAUGAUGACUCUUAAGUGUGUGAGACAGAGAGGUCAAAUGUGUUAACUUGUGUGCAUGCACACUUGCGCUUUCUUUUGUUCAGUCUCAUGUAUGCUCAUACACUCCCUCAUGUAUGCUCAUACACUCCCUCAUGCAUGCUCACACACAUGGUCACAUGCUCCCUGAAUGUCUCAAACAAACACACACACACACACACACUUACCUUCCGCCUCUCUUGCUCUCAACACACACAAACACACACUCUGACCAUCCUCCUUUUCUGUCUCUGUCAGCUGGUAAUUGAGGAUGACUGUGUGUCGUUGGAGCAGUUCUCGGAGCACCUGCUGGCCCCUCUGUUACAGCUGGCCUCCGACCCCGUGGCCAACGUCAGGGUGCUGCUGGCCAAGACUAUCCGCCAGAGCCUGAUGGAGAGAGGUACAUGCAGACACACACCGGCAUGUUGAGCUGACCAAUUCCAUAGUUAGUACAAGGACAACAAGCACUUAUGGCUUAUUUUGUUAUAUUGUGUAAUACAUUUUUUUAUCAAAAUAUUUGUUUUACACUCGUCGCUCACAAAUCAAACUUUAUUUAGAGUACAUUUCUUAUAGGGGAUGUAUUUCAAAUUGCUUAACAAAUACAAUUAUAAAAGGUGAGAAAGAUGAACAAUACUUUUCCUAAAUGGGACAAAUUUUAAAUGGAUUAACAUUGGACCUGAGAGACUAAUGCAUUUAAGUUAUUAAAAAUAAAUAAGAUACUUUUGGUAAUGUAGUGUAUGUGGACACCUGCUUGUCGAACAUCUCAUUCCAAAAUCAUGGGCAUUAAUAUGGAGUUGGUUCCCCCUUUGCUGCUAUAACAUCCUCCACUCUUCUGAGAAGUCUUUCCACUAGAUGUUGGAACAUUGCUGCGGGGACUUGCUUCCAUUCAACCACGGGCAUUAGUGAGGUCGGGCAAUGCGGUUGGGCGAUUAGGACUGGCUCGCAGUCGGCCUUCCAAUUCAUCCCAAAGGUGUUUGAUGGGGUUGAGAUCAGGGUUCUGUGCAGGCCAGUCAAGUUCUUCCACACCAAUCUCGACAAACCAUUUCUGUAUGGACCUCGCUUUGUGCACGGUGGCAUUGUCAUGCUGAAACAGGAAAGGGACUUCCCCAAACUGUUGCCACAAAGUUGGGAGCACAGAAUCAUCUAGAAUGUUAUUGUAUGCUGUAGCGUUAAGAUUUCGCUUCACUGGAACUAAGGGACCUAGCCCUAACCAUGAAAAACAGCCCCAGACCAUUAUUCCUCCUCCACAAAACUUUACAGUUGGCACUAUGCAUUGGGGCAGGUAGCGUUCUCCUGGCAUCCGCCAAACCCAGAUUCAUCAGUCGGACUGCCAGAUGGUGAAGUGUGAUUUAUCACUCCAGAGAACGCGUUUCCGCUGCUCCAGAGUCCAAUGGCGGCAAGCUUUACACCACUCCAGCCGAUGCUUGGCAUUGCGCAUGUUGAUCUUAGGCUUGUGUGCAGCUGCUCGGCCAUGGAAACCCAUUUCAUGAAGCUCCAGACUAACAGUUAUUGUGCUGACGUAGCUUCCAGAGGCAGUUUGUAACUCUGUAGUGAGUGUUGCAACCAAAGACAGACGAUUUGUACGUGAUACGCGCUUCAGUACUUGGUGGUCCCGUUCUGUGAGAUUGUGUGGCGUACCACUUCGCGGCUGAGCCGUUGUUGCUCCUAAACGUUUCCACUUCACAAUAACAGCACUUACAGUUGACUGGGGCAGCUCUAGCAGGGCAGAUAUUUGGUGAAGUCACUUGUUGGAAAGGUCGCAUCCUAUGACGGUGCCAUGUUGAAAGUCACUGAGCUCUUCAGUAAAUGCCAUUCUACUGCCAAUGUUUGUCUAUGGAGAUUGCAUGGCUGUGUGCUCGAUUUUAUACACCUGUCAGCAACGGGUGUGGCUGAAAUAGCCUAAUCCACCAAUUUGAAGGGGUGUCCACAUACUUUUGUAUAUAGAGUGGGAUAAAAUAGACUAAAACCACCUUAUGUGAGGGGAAAAAAGUAUUUGAUCCCCUGCUGAUUUUAUGUUUGCCCACUGACAAAGACAUGAUCAGUCUAAAUUGAAUGGUAGGUUUAUUUGAACAGUGAGAGACAGAAUAACAACAAAAAAAUCCAGAAAAACGCAUGUCAAAAUUUUUAUAAAUUGAUUUGCAUUUUAAUGAGGGAAAUAAGUAUUUGACCCCUCUGCAAAACAUGACUUAGUACUUGGUGGCAAAACCCCUGUUGGCAAUCAGAGGUCAGACGUUUCUUGUAGUUGGCCACCAGAUUUGCACACAUCUCAGGAGGGAUUUUGUCCCACUCCUCUUUGCAGAUCUUCUCCAAGUCAUUAAGGUUUCGAGGCUGAUGUUUGGCAACUCGAACCUUCAGCUCCCUCCACAGAUUUUCUAUGGGAUUAAGGUCUGGAGACUGGCUAGGCCACUCCAGGACCUUAAUGUGCUUCUUCUUGAGCCACUCCUUUGUUGCCUUGGCCGUGUGUUUUGGGUCAUUGUCAUGCUGGAGUACCCAUCCACGACCCAUUUUCAAUGCCCUGGCUGAGGGAAGGAGGUUCUCACCCAAGAUUUGACGGUACAUGGCCCCGUCCAUCGUCUCUUUGACGCGGUGAAGUUGUCCUGUCCCCUUAGCAGAAAAACACCUCAAAGCAUAAUGUUUCCACCUACAUGUUUGACAGUGGGGAUGGUGUUCUUGGGGUCAUAGGCAGCAUUCCUCCUCCAAACACGGCGAGUUGAGUUGAUGCCAAAGAGCUCCAUUUUGGUCUCAUCUGACCACAACACUUUCACCCAGUUCUCCUCUGAAUCAUUCAGAUGUUCAUUGGCAAACUUCAGACGGGCCUGUAUAUGUGCUUUCUUGAGCAGGGGGACCUUGCGGGCGCUGCAGGAUUUCAGUCCUUCACGGCGUAGUGUGUUACCAAUUGUUUUCUUGGUGACUAUGGUCCCAGCUGCCUUGAGAUCAUUGACAAGAUCCUCCCGUGUAGUUCUGGGCUGAUUCCAGCCUUGUGUAGGUCUACAAUCUUGUCCCUGACAUCCUUGGAGAGCUCUUUGGUCUUGGCCAUGGUGGAGAGUUUGGAAUCUGAUUGCUUCUGUGGACAGGUGUCUUUUAUACAGGUAACAAGCUGAGAUUAGGAGCACUCCCUUUAAGAGUGUGCUCCUAAUCUCAGCUCGUUACCUGUAUAAAAGACACCUGGGAGCCAGAAAUCUUUCUGAUUGAUAGGGGGUCAAAUACUUAUUUCCCUCAUUAAAAUGCAAAUCAAUUUAUAACAUUUUUGACAUGCGUUUUUCUGGAUUUUUUUGUUGUUAUUCUGUCUCUCACUGUUCAAAUAAACCUACCAUUAAAAUUAUAGACUGAUCAUUUCUUUGUCAGUGGGCAAACGUACAAAAUCAGCAGGGGAUCAAAUAAAAUUUUCCCUCACUGUAAAAGCACAGCUAAAAAGGUGUCUUAAGAUCUUUCUUAAAAAUGUCUACAGUUUGAGGCCCUCAAAAAGCAUAGUAUUAGAUAAAGCUAAAAUAAACAUACGAUAAAGCUGAAGAUGAUGAUAUGCUAUUUAGCAGACACUUUUAUCCAAAGCAACAUAGUCAUGCGUGCAUACAUUUUACGUAUGGGUGGUCCCGGGAAUUGAAACCACUACCCUAGCGUUAGAAGUGCCAUGCUCUACCAACUGAGCUACAAAGGACCACUGGUAUUAUAGAUGAUUCUAUGUUGAUCCCAAAUGCACAAUAAGAUUUUCUCAACUCAGAUCUGUCUGAUUGCUGUAGCCCAGGAAUAAUAUUUUAUUUUACAAGCCACUUUAUUAAUCCCCAAUGAGGAAACACGACAAAGACUGCUUAAAUCUGUAGUGUUACAACAUGCUUAUGUUCUUCCAGAUAUCGGCAGCUGAACCCUCAUCACAUCUGUCCGCCAUGUUCUUCUGUCCUCCCCUGCAGAGUACUUCCUGCAUUCUGCCAACUUCCACCAGGAGGCGCUGGAGCAGACCCUGGUGGCUCUGCAGAUGGACCUGGACAAGGACGUCAAGUACUUUGCCAGCGUGCAUCCUGGGAGUACACGCAUCAGUGAGGACGCCAUGAGCACCACCUCCUCGACCUACUGAGCCCAGAGCACUCCCACCCCUCCCUCUAAACACACACACUCCUCCAUCUGCUCUACUGAACACAAGCCAGGUAGGGGGCCGAGGGCUUGAGGUAGCCCUCUUCUACGGGCACUUAGACUUCCAUACAUACACAACCACAAGUGGAAGACCUGCGCAACAACACAACUCGCCCAAUGCAGUGCAUCACAACUCGACUCACUACAACAGAUUUUAUUUUGUGGUUUAAUUAUAUAUUUUUUGCCACAGAAGCCUUAAGUGUCUUCCUUAAACGCAAAAAAUACUUGAAUGUCUGGAGUGGAUUCGGUGAACAACACAACGAAUGAAAAAAACGCACAGGAAACUGACCUAUAAGGACCAUUUCUCCCCCUCGGUUUCUCUCUCGAUAGAAUCCUCCCCAGACUUAGCGGAAAAGCCAGUAUCUCACAAGCUUUAUGGAAGCACGUAACAGGACGACUCUAUCGAACUCAAAACGUUUAAACAAAAUUUCUGUAAUUGCUUUUCUCCUUUUUUGAUACUGUAUAAAUUACUUAUGCUGCAUAUUUAAAAAAUAAUCUGUACUAUCGCAGCCUGGCAGUGGGGAGCUGUCGGUGGGAAAGGCACGGUUUGGGAUACAGGGCUCCCGCCUCCAUUGUUUUAACUCUAGUGCAGCACAUUGUUGUACCCAUAGACAGAGGGCCACCCCCUGGCAUGCAGGGGGGGUCCUGUUGUCAAUGAAAAAUAACUUGUAUUUUUUAUUAAUAUUAUGGCUGUUUGCAGCGUUUAAGGAAGCAGAGAGAUAUCCAAUUGUAAAAGGUCAGCACACACUCACUUGAAACGGGGUAUUUUAACCUGAGAAUAAAAUACUGCGACCCCAUACCCCACCCCUUCCAUUCUCCUUUUUUGCUUGGCCCGUCCCCCUUCCCUUCCUUAUACCCUAUCUGUACAUAUCUCUAGCAACCUUUUUCCAUUUUGAUCAAAGAUCAUGAAUAGAAUUGUGAUACAAUUUUGUUCUGUUUUACCUUUCUCAACAUUAAAUGAAAUGAAAUAAAAAGCAGGC